CUCAGAUCAAAUAUCAGGGUAUUUAUGGUAUGUUCACUAGUAUAUAUAGAUAGCAGGGAAAUCUUACCCGAGGAAUAAAUCACAAGUGAAUAUAUUAAUGAUAAGUGGACGAUAAUUAAAAUUUUUGAAGAAACAAACGUCUAUGUCAACCAUGUGGCUGUUCUCGCUCUUGGCUGUCUUGUUUAUGUUAAACAUUCUUACUACGGCUGUACCAGGAAACCAGGAGUGCGACAACCAUUGUUACCCAGGAGCAAGCUGCUGGCCAGGUAUAGAUGAAGAACUAGAACUCUUCAGAAACAUUAAAGGUGACGUAUUAACAGCAUAUAACGAGGAAUAUCGUAAAGAGGUUCUCAUGGUAAACACUCGAGUUACGGAGUUUCCGUUUCUUCUUGUAAUGGCCGAAACUGUUGAUGAUGUCAUAUAUGCGGUGAAGUAUGCCAAUAGACACAACAUGAAGAUCACCAUCCGAUCCUCCGGGCACGACUACAUCGGGCGCUCUACUUGGCACGGCUCCCUACAAAUCAACUUGUCGCGCAUGAAAGGUCUUAAAUUUAAUCUGAAUUCUACUCGACAUCAAGAAGGGGAAGUUACUGCUCAGAGCGGAAACUCCUGGUUGCGACUGUACAAUGAGACGAAUAAAUUAGGGCGUGUUAUUGUUGGAGGUUCCGCCCACACCGUAUCUAUGGGUGGGUAUACUCUCGGCGGGGGUCACGCCCCCAUCGGACGUAAAUUCGGUAUGGCGGUUGACAACCUACUUGAAGUUGAAAUGGUUACAUCUAAUGGAUCACUGGUCUAUGCAAAUAUCUCUGGGACAGUUCUUGUGGACACCGAGACUGGAACAACACAUACGACAACUGAUACAGAUAUAUUUUGGGCGGUCCGCGGAGGAGGCGGGUCUACAUACGGAAUCGUGACGGCAUUUACUUAUAAACUGCACAAUGAUUCAAAGAUGGUAAAAGUUACAUGCUAUUCACCUAUAUAUAAUGCUUUGGGGCAAGAUGUAGGGAGACCUAUCCUUCAAGCGUUUGACAAUCUUGCCAGUACUACACUGGCACCAGAAUGGGGUGGUUACGAAAUAAUCAGCUCCUCGGGGGAUCCGAAAGCUGGGACAGAAGGAACAGUUCUUCUUGUUCUUAACCACUUCGGUGAGUGGGGAUCUCCAUCCUUCAAUACGCUUGGACCGUUCAUCCCCAUCGCCGAGAAGCACUGUGCAUUUCAGAAUAUGUCUAACUUCCUAGAAUAUGAAAUUGAGUCCAAAGAUGCAUUAUUCUACAGAACCUACGUAUACAACACUCUUCUUCAGCCGAACUCUUUCACAUCCGAGUAUUACAGCUUCAUGUACAGUAUGUUCAACGAACCAAACGUUGCCAGACUUCAGGCUGGUGUAGGCUGUACUGGAACUUUGAUCGGAGGAAACAUGAAAAUCAAAGAUCCCCAUUCGACAGCAGUGAACCCGAAUUUCAGAACAGGUGUUUACUCCAUGUCGUGCGGUAUGUCUUGGUCUGACGCGUUCAUGGACAAAGCCGUCGUCGAUCAAGCUAUACAAUUCACGAAAGGGUUUGUAAAACACGGAAACGGAACCUACUUUAAUGAACCAUCUGCCUAUUUACCGAACUGGAAGACAGCAUACUGGGGCGGGCAUUACGAUCGACUUCUAGCUAUCAAACAACGCUGGGACCCACAGAACGUGUUUACAUGUCUUCAUUGUGUAGGGUCCAAUGACACAAAUGGACAUACCUCUGAUCCACACAUUCCUGACAUUCAUAUCCCUUCUAUUGUUGGCUAGAUUUGAAAGUAUUGUCCGAUAGCCAAAGAACUAAAUGAUUUAUUUAGUACCGUGUUUUUGUCUUUCAGUUGAGCGCAUUGAUAGUCGUCUUGAAAGAUUAAACUUUUGAUAAUUUUGUACAUAGGAGUCAAUAAAAGAAUAAAGUAAAAGAA